AUGGAGAUGCCAAGCUCUAGCUUGAGAUUACAGUGGUGGCUUUUCCUUGUCAACCUCAUCAUUUGUAUUAGUUCGCUUAGGUUGGAAUCUCUUUCCAGCACGCCCACUUUUGGAAAUGAAACUGAUAAGCUUGCAUUGCUCACCAUCAAGCAUUAUCUGGUUGAUGUUCCAAAUGGAGUUCUGAGUUCCUGGAAUGACUCUGCAUUUCUGCCAGUGGCAUGGGGUUACAUGCAGUCGCCGACAUCAGAGGGUCACAACGAGGGUGACAAUUAUCUAACUGGCCAAGUCCCUGAUAGCUUAGGAGUGCUCAAGGAUCUGUAUUGGUUGAACCUUGAAUUCAAUAAUUUAGGAAGGGGCAUGUCAGGCGAUUUAAAUUUUCCAUAUUCUUUGCCCAAUGUCAGCAGUUUAAGACUUAUCAAUCUACAUGCCAAUAAUUUCCGGGGCGUGUUACCCAUCUCCAUUGUUAAUCGAUCAACCCAACUGCAGAAGCUUAUCAUAGGGGGCAACAAAAUAUCUGGAAGCAUCCCAAAAGGUAUUGGAAACCUGAUCAGCUUAACUGUUUUCAGUGCAAUGCGGAAUAAUCUCACUGUGUCAUUCCCACUUCAAUUGGCAUGCAAGCUUCAGAAUUUAAGAGUAUUUGACUUAAAUUGGAACAGGCUAUCAGGUCUGCUGCCAUCCACCCUCGGCAACUCAAGUCAACUAUACUACCUUGACACGGGCUACAACAAUUUGGAAGGGAACCUUCCUACUUCUCUCAGGAACUGCCAAAAUAUGGAAAUUCUUUUCCUCGAUCACAAUAAGUUGAGUGGUAGUGUACCUGAAAAUGUCACUUGUCAUUUCAAUCAGUUGAGAUCACUCUACCUACAGCAAAACACAUUCACCGGUUCUCUUCCAACAGAUGUUGGUCAACUGAAAAACCUAAAUCAGCUGCUUGUUUCUGACAACAACUUGUCAGGGGAAAUCCCCAGGGAACUUGGCAGCUGUUCAGUAUUAGAGUACCUCGACAUGGAAAAAAACUCUUUCCAGGGAAACAUCCCUCUGUCAUUUAGCUCAUUGAGAGGUAUUCGGUUCCUAGACCUUUCAUGCAACGUCUUGCCUGGAACGAUUCCCAAAGAACUACAUCUUCUUGAGUCAGCAAAGCAUGGCAAAGGGAAGCAUCUUUCAACCAAAAUUGUUAUAGCCAUAAGCAUUACUGGUGCUUCUUGCUUGGCUUUCAUAGUGGCUUCAGUUCUCCUCUAUGGGAGAAAAACGGCUGUAAUGAAGUCUUCUUCCACCUUUUUAAGAUAUGGAUACUUGAGGGUUUCUUACAAAGAGCUCCUCAAAGCAGCUAGUGGAUUUGCUUCUUCCAACUUGAUUGGCAUGGGAAGUUUUGGUUCCAUAUACAAAGGAAUUGUAAGUUGA